AACCAUCUAAUUAAGCAAGGUAUCUAGCAGGGCCUAAACAUCUUUAAGUAAAGGAAAAGCUAGCUUCCACCAGCUUCUGGGCUAACAUAAUCUGCAUUGUGAAUCUAAUUCCAACAAUUAAUUAGCUGCUGCAACCCAAGGGAGAGGACGAGUCUCAAUCCUUCUCUACAUCCUCAAAGCUCUGCCAUAAAACUUGAGGCGUUAUUUGGGUUAUUCAUCAGAAGAGGGGGUAGAUGUCCCGCAAUUGCAAUGCACGAACACUAUUCCUUCUGCCACUAGACUCAAGGAGGCAGGCAUUUAAGAAGGCCGAGUCAGGAAACAUCAUCGAUGUAAAAUUCCACAAGGCCGAGGGUGUCCUAGAAAUCCCAUCUUUGCUGAUCAAUCCAUCGACAGAAACGAUCUUCAGGAACAUCAUCAGCUUUGAGGAAUGUAGCCCUUUUUGCAUACCGAGAGUGACAUGCUACGCCAUGCUCCUAGAUUGCUUGGUUGACACCUCAGAUGAUGUGGAAUUUAUGAGCAAAGCAGGAAUCUUUGCUAAUUGGUUAAACCCUGAGGAAGCGGCUAAAUUCUUAAGCACAAUGCGCAAUGGCACUUCCAUAAAUGUUUUCUUUUAUGCUCACCUUUUUGAGGAUGUGAACGCUUACUGCUUGAAGUGCUGGCCAGAAUGGCGAGCUUCUUUGAUCCAAAACUAUUUUACCAAGCCAUGGGCUAUAGUUUCUAUAAUUUUUGCCAUUACCGUUUCGUUUUUCACCAUCAUGCAGGUCUUCUAUAAGUAGGGACAAAUUACCCUUUAGACACUUUUAAAUUUGCCAAGGUAGUGUGUUGUUAGAAAAUUCAUUACUAAACAAACAUUGCAGAUGAGAAUAAAUGACCAAAUUUAUU